GUUUCGUCGCUAUCACCAAGCAGACCAAGACAGUUUUCUAUACCAAACGGUUUGAGGAACACCUAUUUGGCUAGUUCUGCUAGAAGGCAUCUAAAUUCUCGGACUGAACCAAUACAAAACUGGCGAUGAGUGCGCAUCCUUCAACUACGUCAUUCGCUCCACAGCAUGCCACCGAUCUGCUGGCAUCGAUAAUUGCCCAAAUGCCAACGGUUUCAAGUGGUGAGCUGGAUCAGGCUGAAACACCAAUCGAUGGUCAGCGCUCGGUUGACGCCAUACAGCAAUCGAAACGGUUGGCAAAGCUGAAGCAGAAGCUCGACCGGCAGAACAACUUCAUGGUGGAGUUGAAACGGAAGAUCCGUGAGAAGGAAGCGAUGAAACCGAAGGCGGACUGUGACCGGGAGGAACUUGCAUUUCUGCGCAAUCGUCUGAAGAAGGAAGCCGAACUGCAGCAUAAACUGCUGGCGGAUGUAACAGCCGAAAUGCGCCAGGAGGGUAACCAGUGGCAAUCGAUACUACUCUGCCCCGACAAGCUCGACGAGUACUGUACCAAUCCGUGGACGGUAGGUUCCGUGCCGGUGGAUGAAGAUAAGCGCUUCUCUUUGGAUUCUACCCUGUCCGCGCUAAGCUCGGACGAACAAGUCGGUACCACGAACGAAUGUCCCGACGCGAAGAUGGUGGAACGGUUCGAGAAGGAACUCAUGAAUCGCGACCGUGUCAUUGAGAUCUUGCAAAGUCGGCUCGAUCGGUUGUCAGCGGAUGUGCACAAAGUGCGGCGCGACAAUGAUACACUACUGGACCGAAAUCCGAAACCGAUUGCUCCGAUUACUCCGAUUACGCCGCGGUUCUGCGAGACGGACAUGAUGCAUCGGUUGGAGUUUUAUCGUACCAACACGGAAACGUUUUGUCAAAACUUGGAAGAGAUGGAAAAGGCGUUACACUCCAUCCAGAAGGAGUUGGGCCCGAUGGGAGAAAUGGAUUGUGCGCUGAAGAGGAAAUCUUGCCCGAAAUCAUCCGCUUUAAUGUGUGAUAAAAAUUCCUCGAAACGAUCCGUAGCUUGUCAGCAAACUUAUGGGGGUGAUGAGAGACCGACGGAGACCUGUAUGCUAGAUGACAAUUCCUUAAGACGCGAUUCGGAUCCCUUAGUGUGUCCAAAGGAUGGAGAAGCCCAGAAGCAGUACGCGAUGCUACUAACAGAGUACACGAAAAAGACGACGGAGUGUCGACAUCUGUGUGAGCGCCUGGCAAAGGUACAGGCCGGUCCGGAAGAUCCUUCACCCGAAGACACUGAGCGUCAAUUGCUGCAGAAACGCUGUACGGAGCUGCUGGAUGAACAGGACGAGUUCCGGGUAUUGAUACGCGAGCAAGCCAACCAGCUGGAUGAUUACCGCGGACGGUAUCUGGCCGCACAGCAACAGGUCGAGGAACAGCGACUGCAGAUGGGUAAGCUGCAGGUGACAAACCGACGCGUGGAGAAGCAGAUCAACUUCGAAAUCGAGCAAAUUAAGCGUAAGUUCCAGGACAAGCUACGCCAUCUUACGCCCUAUCCGCGUCUUUUGGAAGACGAACAGGCAAACUGUGAAAAGCUGAAACAAUCGAACGAAACGUUGUUUGCCGAGCUGGAGCGAUCGUUACGGCAGGUGAAGGUACUGGAGGAACGACUACAACAAGUUCAUGUUGCAAAAGAUGGCGAAGUCAAGCAAGCGCUACUGCAGGCUGAAACCGAACUCGAACAGGUCCAGGGACGAUUCGAUGGACUUGUGAAGGAAAAGCAGCUAGCGGAAGAGGAAGCUCUUCGUUGGCAACGCGAGCUAGAUGAGCUGCGAACCGAGAGUGUAAAGAUCAUAGAGCGUGCCAAUCAGCGGGUCGAAAAGGAACGCGAAAUGGCUCAGAACAAGUACCGUCAGCUGGAAAGUGAGUUGGCUCAGUGUCGUGCGGAAGCAUCGUUCACAAUCGGGAACCGUGAGCAGGCAUUGCGAGAGAUGCACACACAGCUAAAGGUGCUGUCGGCGAGCUUCGACGAUGCGCAGCUGCAGAUUCGUUCGCUCCGUAAUCAGUUGGCUUACCUUCAGAACGAGAAGUUGGUCUGUUUGGCGUAAUGUGUGUUAGCAUUUUGCACUUUUGAGGCUAUUAUUUUGUUUAAAAUCAAAUAGUAAAAAGUUUGAUGUAGGCAUUGUUGGAGCAUUUUUGCUCUCUAAAUUCAAUAAGUGAUGUAAUAAAUUGUUAGUAGUGUACUGGACACGAAAUUCA